AUGGGAAUAGAACACUCCCCCGCGAGGAGUUCGUUAUCCACCCGCUCGGAUGACACGAUAGACUCGGGCUCGAUCCGCCCGGCCAACGCGGACGAAGUCGGCGGUGUGGACCGCCUCGAACAAUGCUCGACGAACCACUCACUAGGGCCGGACAUGCCGGUGGAGCCGAUGAGCUCCGUGGUCGAGAUCCCGGAUGAGAUGUACGACCGCCUGCCCCCCCACCGGAAGCUCGUCAUCGUGCUCCUACUCUCCUUCUGCUCCUUCCUUGCCCCAAUCUCUAGCACCUCCGUGCUCGCGGCGACGCCCGAGAUCGCCGCCGAGUACGGCACCACCGGCUCCAUCGUCAACCUCGUCAACGCCUUCUACAUGCUGUUCAUGGGCCUAUCCCCCAUGUUCUGGGGCCCGAUGAGCCAAGUUUACGGCCGCAGAAUGGUUACAAUUGUGACGUCCAUCGGAUUCUUGUUGUGCAGUAUGAGCACAGCUCUGUCCCCAAAUCUGGGCGCCUUUUUCGUAUUCCGUCUCCUCACCGCGUUCGAAGGUACCUCCUUUAUUUUGGUCGGUGCUGCAGUUAUCGGUGAUAUAUACCGUCCUACCGAACGUGGGACGGCCACAGGCUGGUUCAUGUCUGGGACGCUCGUGGGACCGGCCUUUGGCCCCUUUAUUGGGGGCAUUAUAGUGACGUUCACGUCGUGGAGGGUAAUAUUCUGGUUGCAGACGGGGUUGGCCGGCGUCGCAGCCGUCGGAUCGUAUUUCCUGCUGCCGGAGACGAUCUAUCACAAGAAGAUGGAUGAUCUUGUCGGCUACAGCGGCGUAGCAAAGGCGAGGGUGCUGCUCGGCAUGAUCAACCCCUGGCGCGUGGUGCUGCUUUGGGAAUAUCCAAACCUGCUCCUCACCGGAAUGUCCAGCGCCUCCCUCGUCUGGAAUAUGUACAGCCUACUUACGCCCAUCCGGUACGUCCUGAACCCCCGAUACAACCUCACAACGCCGAUGCAGGGAGGCCUAUUCUACCUCGCACCGGGCUGUGGCUAUCUGGUUGGCACGUUCAUCGGGGGGCGAUACGCGGACUACGUGGUCAAGAAGUAUAUCAAAAAGCGGGGCGUGCGUAUCCCCGAGGAUCGCAUGUACUCGGCUCUUCCCUUCAUGGGAAUCGUUAUCCCCGGUUGCAUUCUGAUCUAUGGCUGGUCAGUGGAGAAGAACGUCGGCGGUAUCCCGCUGACCGUCGUGGUGCUAUUCUUACAAGGGGUGGCGCAGCUAUUCUGCUUCCCGUCGCUCAACACAUACUGCCUCGAUGUGAUGCCGGGCCGUGGAGCAGAAGUCAUCGCCGGAAACUACGCGAUACGCUACCUCCUCGCCUGCGUGGGUACGGCCGUGGUCCUCCCGGCCAUCAACGGCAUUGGGGUCGGUUGGUUCUCCACCAUCAGCGCGCUAUUCGUCUUUACGGGUACGGUUUGCGCGUGGGUAUCCAUCCGAUGGGGCAGAGGCUGGCGAGCGACGGUAGACGCCAAAAGAAGGAGGCGUGCCACCAAGAAGAUUUUCGCAGAGAAGAACAGCGGUCUGGCUAGGGAUGAAAACCUGCGCGGAAAUGGCGCCAGUGGUAAGGGCGCGAACAAUUCCGGCCAGCAAGGCUCGCCAAAGGUGCCCGAUGCACACGAGAGAAAGAAAGAAGAAGUCUGA